AUGACAAGAAAGAAAUUACAUUAUUAUUGCAAACACACAGGGUGCGCUAAGAGCAAAGAGUUUUACAACUUGGAGUGUAACAAAGCACUUCCGCGUCCUUUCGCAGAUAAAGAUAAACGGGAUAAUCACGAGACGAGUCAGCACAGCUGUUGCUACAAGGAUAGCAGUUGCAAAGGAGACGAUAAGGGUCAUCAACAUGAGAAGGGAUUAGGAGAAGACUUCUUACAUAGGUGCAAACAUAACAAUUGUUUCCUUUCCUACAUAUCUGGUGCUGAAGCACUGGCUAAACACUUGAAGAAAAAGCAUCCUUGGUGCACCAACUUUCCCGAUUGCUGCCAAAUAAGAGCAACAACAAACGGUUCAGUCAGCAGAGAGAAUGGAGAAUUGACAAGUCAUGACGAUGAACCAAUGGAAGAUGUCAGAGAAGAGAAUGAAAUGGCAACUGGUCAUGACAACGACCCAAUGGAAGAAGGUGGUUUUGACGACAUGAAAGGUAUUGAUGCGCCUAUAGGUUUGGACAAAACGUUGCGACCAGUCAGAUUAAAAAUGCUUGCCAAGAUGUACCAAGAUGGAUUAUUUACAGAAAAGUGUUAUGGUCUUUUUCACAAAAUAUUUCCAUGGUUUACAAAAGAAGAGUAUCCCUUUAGUAAAAUCAAGCAAAUUAUUGCCGAUGAUCUGAAGAAGUUCAACGAUGGACAUGAAAUCAAUCCAAUUGGAGAAAAAGCAAUAUACAUUAAGUUUGAAAAAGUUAUCAAGGAUCUAUUGACAAGAAAUGAAAAGAUUGGAACAGGUAAAACCACACAGAUCAAAGUUGCCUUUGAUACUGCUCGAGUAGCAUCCAAUAACAGGAAUGUUAUGCUAGGAACAUUAGAAAUGGCCAACGAUGGAGAGUCAAUAGCUGAUUGUAAAUCACCAGACCACAACCUCCCUUUUUUGACCUAUUAUGGGAAGGAAACCUAUCCCGGCAUGAAGAAAGAUUUGCAACCUAUCUUUGCAAUGAUAAAUAGAAUGUACAAAGACAAGGGCAUAACAAUCGAUGGUCAUUUCUACAAAGUCAAUCUAAUCGUUGUAGCUGACUAUUACUGCCUUACUGUUCUUAAAGGAAUGAACAAGGUGUAUGCUCCAAAUAGCACCUGGUGUUGUGCUUGGUGUUACGUACAUACAACACAAACCGGUAAUUUUGGGAUUGGGGAAUGGAAAUUUAGAGAUUGUUGCGAUCCCCCUAGCCAAAAUGAGGUAGACGAACUCAAUACCUUGCGGGCAUUGGCAAAAUCAAUGGGAGUGGCACCAACUCGUACCGACGGUGAUGAUGCUGAUUCAGACAAUGAAUCAGAUAAUGAAUCAGACAUCUCUUUUGACGAAGAGCCAGAUUCUGACGAUGACCAAGAUGAUGACAGAGAAGAGGAAAACGGCAACGAAGAGCAACGUCAACAGCAAGACGAAGAUGUAGAGCUGGAAGAGUUUGGUUUCAACGGGGAAGACGAAGAGGAUGUGGUGAGACCAUCAGAGCAAUUUGGACAGAUCAAUGAACCACUAGUUGAUGUGGAUUCGGCACAUUGCCCCCCCUGUAGCUUACAUAUGGACAUGGCGGUAACUAGCCAAAUAUUCAAACAAACAGCAACUUUUUUCGUUCCAAAUGAAGUCAAGGAAAAGACUAGAUGUAAAAAUGAAGAAACAAAGUUAGAAUCGAUCAACCAAAGGAUAGGUACACAACAUACAUCUGUUCAUAAAAAGAGAGUAUCAAGGGCAAAUCUCAUCAGAAAAAAGCUAUCUUGGAUGAUAAAGGAGCUCUUAAAGAGAAUCGAGAAAAGAAAGGCUGACCUAAAAAAGGAGCAAGCAAAGUCUGCUGCCAUCAUUGCAUCGAACGUAGGCGACACAAAAAAGAAGAAUGCCAGGAACAAAUCUGCCGCUUUGAAAAAGCAAAUUACGCAGUUUACCAAAGAUUCUGCCCCAAUUGUCAAAGAGAUAAAAAAGUAUGGGGAUCUUGGCGAUCUGUUGGCAUACAGACACAAAGAUCUAAAAGGGUUGAUCAUUAAGGUAGAAAAUCUAAAAAUUAGUACAACCAAAGCAAUAGUGACGGCUAGAAAGAUGUUACGGAAACAUACCCAAACAUAUAUCAAGCUAACAAAGGAGUCUAUCGAAAUUGGCAAGCUUAAAAAAGGAGCAGAGAAAAAACUGGCAGAAAAGAGAAAGCAACUUGCAUCAAUCAAAAUUGGAAAGGAUGUGCAAGCAAAAAAGGCGCUGAUGGUAAAGAAAUUCUUAGAGGUCUGUAAGAAAUUAAAACUGACGGUUGUGGACGAAUCUAAAGAGUGUAAAAAAGAUAUAUAUCAGUUAGUCGACUAUAUCAGUUUCAAUUAUGGAAAGUGUAUAGAUAUCAUAGACAAUUACGAAAUGAUUCUAAAAAGCUUACAUGACUUGGGCGUUGACAAGGAAAGCAUUGAUGGACUUACACUCUUAUGGGAACAGUUGAGAUCCCUUAUUUCCAUUAUGCAAUACUGCGAAGAUGACAAGCUUAAUGUAACAAGUGAAUCUUGGCUCGAAUUCUCUCGCCCAUUCGGAGAUAAUUACGUCAAAUUGUUUGGUGAAAGGGCUGUAACUUCAUAUAUCCAUGCAUUUGUUUACCAUACUGGCCAAUUUAUGGAGCUAUAUGGUUGCAUUGAUAGAAUUGCCAAUUUUGGUCUCGAGUGCAAACAUAAAUAUGUAAAGAGAAAGGUCAAGCGUUCCAAUCAUCAUUUCGAUACCAAGUUGUUGGAGAAAAUUAUGCAAGCAGCAUAUGAAGCUACAACAUCUAGAGGAAUAGAAAAGAAAAAGGAAAAGGAAAGGUUAGCGAAGCAAGAUAAAGAAGAGCAAGAAAAUGAAGAGGAGGACGAUGAAGAGGAGGAAGAUGACGAAAAGGGAGACGACAUCAUCGAUGAAGAGGAAGAUGAUGAAGAGGAAGACGACAUCAUCGAUGAAGAGGAAGAUGAUGAGGAGGAAGAUAAAGAGUACUUGGCACAUGUAAAACAUGAUUGGUUAAAGAGUACUCUCCAAAACGCUCAGAUUAGACAUGGCUUUAAAUUUACUGUUGCAAAGGCUGCAGCAGAGGGGCGAACCUAUGAAGUUCAUUUUUAUUCAUUACAAAUCAAUAUAUUAAUGACAAGUUUAUUAUCUCUAUCUAAUUUAUUAUUAUCACAUAUCAUAUCAGAUCUUGAUGAUAAUGUUGAUAUAAUAUGUUUAUUAUUGACUUGUAAAAAGUUGUACAGUCAAAAUAGUAGUAGUGUUGGUGGUUUAAAGAGAUUGAUUCAUUUUAAAGGUAUAGAAGCAAUCACUGACAAUGGAUAUGAAUCAAAACAGUUUAUAGCAACAGCUACUAGAUUCAACCUCAACUCUUUUAAUGAUAUAUUAAAGAAUAGUAUAUCUAAUCAUCAGGUGAUAGUACCUGAUGACUAUAGUAUGAUUGGUGCAACAAGUGGUCCAUCUUUAUACCCAGAUUGGAUAAAAGAACGUAUCUAUGUAGAUAAGAGAGAUGAUAAAAGUAACAUUAAAACAGUAUUGGUUAAAGAGUACAAAUCUUUAUCGACAAUGACUACAUCUCUCUAUGACAUGUCAUCGAUAGAAACAUUAUUCAUCGAAAGUGAAGAUAGAGAGUUGGGUGUAGAUCUUGACCGUAUCUCAGAGUUGCCUCAUCUAAAAAGACUUGGAGUUAAUGCACGCAAGCUAAAUAUUGGUCAACACACAGCACUAAAGUCACUUUAUCUUGGUAUAUCCUCUGGAUACCAACUCAAAGAUAUGAGACGAGACAAGUUUGAGUCUCUUACAAAUCUAACUCUUAAAAGUUAUGGUUUGUCUGGGAUUAGACAUGGACUAUUACCAAACAGUCUUACAUCACUCUCUUUAACAUCAAAAGAGAUGCCUCCAAGAGAUACAUUCAUUUCAUUGUCAUCGUUGGUCUACCUUGGAAUACAUCUAAGAGGGUGUAAAGUAAAUGAACAACCAUUCAUUGAUCUCGAUUCUUUAAAUCAUCUCAAGGCAUUCAAGUUUAGUUGUGGAUAUGCUACAAAAAAGGAAGUCAUCGAGAUUAGUAUCCCUCCUUCAAUCAAAACACUCAACAUUGAGAGUGAUUAUGUAAUUGUUCCAUCUCGUUGCACCAUGCCACAAUUGGAGCAAUUAAAUGUAAAACAAAGUUUAUUAUUGAAGGGAAAUAUCAAUAUAUCGUUAUCAUCACAGUCUCUAAAGAAACUAGUUAUUUUUGAUUGCCAAGUAAUCAUUCCAACUGAUUUGAUUCCAUCAACUCUGGAAAAACUUACAAUCCAUAAAUCAUGUACUAUUGGUCAAUCUAUACUUGGACAAGUUGUAUUCCCAUCAUCUCUUACUCAUCUAACUAUUUUUGGAGAGUAUGAACCUGUCAAACUACCUCCAUCACUUGUCAAACUAAGACAGAAAUUCAAAAACAUUGAUCCGACAGGGUUUGAUCAGGAGAAUCAUUUAAAAAAACUAGUUUGGUCAUUUAAUUGGACAGAAGAUGAAACAUAUCUAGAGUUUCCACCUUUAUUUCCACCAAAUCUUGAAACACUCAACCUACUCAAUAUGGUAGGUAAAUAUACCAUUCAAGUACCACCGACCAUCAAAUAUCUUUUUUUACCUUUACAACUACCACCUGGACCAUGGUCAACUGGUUACCCAAUCUUUUCAUUCACCUCUAGAGUCACAAUCACUGACCAACAAAUACAACAACAACAACAACAACAACAAUGGCUACCCAUUAAUACAACCAAUCUAACUUGCAAAUUAUUUAAUCAAGUACCAAAAGUGGCAUUUAGAUUAGACGAAAUAAUCAAUCAUACCAAUGUUAGAUAUUUAUCUCUAUCUAUUCACAAUUUAAAUUUACAAUUUUCAAUUCAAAGAUUGGACAGUGAAAAUAACAAUGUAUUGGUAUUGGAAAGACAAUCAUUGACAGGUGGAAUAAUUACUCAAAAUAGAAAAUCAAUCAACAGUAAUCAAUCACAACAACAACAAAAAUAUGAUCCAAUUUAUUUAUAUAUUGAUUCAAAAUCUUCAUCUCCAUUUGAUUUGUAUUGGAGUUUUAUACCAAAACAACUUGAUCGAAUAUAA